UUGGAAGGAUGACGUCUAGGAAGAAGGUCCUGCUGAAGGUCAUCAUCCUGGGAGACUCGGGGGUCGGUAAGACGUCUCUCAUGAACCAGUAUGUCAACAAGAAGUUCAGCAACCAGUACAAAGCCACAAUAGGAGCAGACUUCCUCACCAAGGAGGUCAUGGUGGACGACAGGCUAGUGACCAUGCAGAUCUGGGACACGGCGGGGCAGGAGCGGUUCCAGUCUCUGGGCGUGGCGUUCUACCGCGGCGCCGACUGCUGCGUGCUGGUCUUCGACGUCACGGCGCCCAACACCUUCAAGACGCUGGACAGCUGGCGCGACGAGUUCCUCAUCCAGGCCAGCCCGCGCGACCCCGAGAACUUCCCCUUCGUCGUCCUGGGCAACAAGAUCGACCUCGAGAGCAGACAGGUGGCCACGAAGCGGGCCCAGGCCUGGUGCUACAGCAAAAACAACAUCCCGUACUUCGAGACCAGCGCCAAGGAGGCCAUCAACGUGGAGCAGGCCUUCCAGACCAUCGCCACGGAUUCCCUGCCCCAGGAGACGGAGGUGGAGCUGUACAACGAGUUCCCCGAGCCCAUCAAACUGGACAAGAACGACCGGGCCAAGGCGUCGGCCGAGAGCUGCAGCUGCUGA